UGGAACAAAUUAUUUUACCAAAUCUCAAGACGAAAAUGUUCAAGAUUAGGUUUAUUACCGGACUUUUCAGCCGGUUAUUGGAUAAGAUAUUUUACCAUGAUUACAGGAAAUACUCGAUCUGGAAGUUUUGCCCACUGAAUAGCUGGAACCAAAUCUUAAAUAUGGUACAAUCCUGCACUUUGUGCCGUACCGAAUCCUUUCCAAUUGUUUUUUGGCUUGUGUUUCUAAUAAGUCUAUUUGGAUUGGUGCAUCAUUGCAUCGAUCUGUGGAAUCUAUGGCACUGUGGCUGUGGCAACAAGCUAUCCAUGUGGCGCCAGCGAAACUUUUACGUUCUGAAUUACUCUCUGUUACGUAGAGUCCGGUUCAUCGGCAACACCAUCAAUGCGAUCUCGUGGUUAAUGCUAUUCUACGGCAUUAUAAUGAUAUCACCACACGCAAUGACGCCUUGGAUCCUGGUCAAUAGCAUUAUCCAGGUCAUGGAAUGGCUUAUGUGGUCCUUCGAGGUGAUUACAGGACGAUUGGUCAUUAAUGUACAGACGAUACUCUCGCUGAUCCUGCACUUGUCUUUCCUGGGGUUGGUGUGCUGCGUGAAGAGCGUGUUCGAGGUGGCGCUCAUCGAGCACGUUGACCAUUUGCUGCGGAUCAUUGAUGCGGACCGGGUUGCCGCCGAAUGUCAUUAUUAAGUAAAGGUGCAGGGCCAGCAUAAUAAUUGCAGCUCAACCUGCAUUAAGCCCAAUUAAGUUGGCGGCGGCGGCGGCACGCACACCAUCUUGCCCUAAUCAGUGUACACGAUGCCCUUUGCUUUUACCGGCUGUCACCGUUUGGAUAUACCCUUUCUUCAUUCUGGCAAACCAAAACUUAUCGAGCUCUGUAUAUCAUAUGAUUUGUAGGUUUCUAAGCUUUCUUUUAUGAUCUUCAAAGAAAUUUGUGUGUAAUUAUAGAUUUUUAGCCAUAAUAUUGUGAUAUUAAAAAUUCAUUUUUACAUUAAAUA